CUUUGUGAUUACUUGGGAACUGUGUGGCUGCUCUUGUUGAGGACACGGUAAAGCAGGUCAUGAAUUCCAGGGGUAUCACACCUCCUGCUCUUCAAACAACAAAGGCCACAUUCAGACGUGCAAUCGUUACAGGAGCAGAAAGAAGAAAGGCUGUACACGUCUGGAGAAACCCAACCGAACGCUCAAAGAGGAUGGGACAGAUUCCUUAAAAAUAUUGGACCUAAAUAAGUCUGCAGCUGACAUGUUUCUGUUCUUACAGGAGCAGUCUGUUAGGUGCUUGUAAACAGCUGGAUAUGACGUACAUUCCUUGGGGUACUUUUCCCAGUUUUAUCCCUGCAGACUCUGAGGGAAAAGUCUUUCUCCUGACUCUGGAGUUACCAGGGCAGUAAACAGAUUCAGAUUGCAACUGGCUGGAGUCACAUUUUCCAACCACUCAGGCACCAGAGGAGCGUCUCAGCACUCAGGCUGCUUCAUCGGUGAGCUUUUUUGUGCAAGGCUCUGUGGCAAUGCUCUCGGCAGCAGUGACCAGGGCCCUGCUCUGUCUGUUCUCCUGCAUCCUGUUGGGGGUCUACCUCCCAGCAGAGGGUGUAGGACCAGCAGAGCCCCUUGAAAGCCUUUGGCUAGAGCAAGAGUCUGGAGAAGGAGAACCACACCUGGAGGACUGGGAGUGGGGCUCUGGUUCUUCUCUUCUGCACCUCCUUCACAGCUUCCCCGCAGACAGCCCCUUUAUAACAGAGAGACCAGGAAAACCAGCUAACUGCACCCAGCGCUUCUGGUUACCCCCAUCCUCUGGGGUGUGCUGGGACAACAUAGCAGGACCUGAGGAGUUUGCCAAAUCCCGUCUGCUUGUUCUUCAGAACAGAGCUGCCCUGCAGGCUGUGUCCACUUCCAGCGGGGUGGAGGAGGGAGGUUUGUCCUAUAACCACCAAGCAAGGGAGGAGGUCCAUGGAAUCCAUUCAGAUCAUCAAAGCACAUUAGAAACUAUGCAGACUAUGGAGGAGGUGUUUGCUUCACUGGAGGAGAAGAGGAAAGACGGGAAGGAACAAGGAGCCCUCUCAAACAUGAAGGAGCACCUCACCACCACAAAGGAUGCCAUAGAUAACAGAGAGCAUCUGACAAACCUGCUGGAGAAGCAGUUUUCUACACUCGAGGAGACUCUGCUCAACAUGCAGUUUCGACUCAUCAAGCUCAUCAAAGAGUGACGGCGACAGAUGCCUUCACUCUUCUUUCCUUGGUUGAACUUUGUUCCUGUAUUCUAAAAUGAAGCAAAUGCAUGUACGCUCAGGGGCCGUUUCCACAAAAUACUUCACAUCUUAGUGUUAAGAAGCUUUGUGAAUUAUGAUGGCACCAAAAUGUUUGGAGUUAUGAAAUUUGAACUAACACACCAGCAACUUUGAGACAAUCCUCCUAAUUUGGCCAGUUAGAAUAGUUAGUAUGGCUGAUUUCCACUUUAUGGCCCUGCAACAGACUGGCAUCACCCAGGGUGGUUCACACCCUAUGACUGCUGGGAUGGACUCCAGCCACCCCGUGACCCAUUAUUGGAGUAAGUGAGUAUAGAAAAUGCAUAGAUAUCCCCUUUAUUUCAUCAACACACCCAAUUUUGCAUUGUGUAAACAUUAACUCUGAUGGUUAAAAAUAGUUAUAUUUUCCACGUCUGCAAACGUUCCGUAUGGUGAGUUCAUGUUCACAUUAACAGGCUCUGUAAAAAUCAGACACUUAUGAAGGUUGCAAUAAAGACUUGCUUAAGCACCAUGUCCCUCUCCCAAAACAUUCUGUAUGACACAAAAUUAAUCAGACAGGAUAACGCUUUAAUACAAAUGUAAACAAAAACAAAUAUUUCAGAGUGAUGCCCUUAUAAGAUAGUCACAUGGUACACACAAUUUAAAUAUUCAGAUCUGCUAGGCCAAGUGUGACAUUUAAUUUGGAAAACAGCAUGUUAAGUUGCAAGAAAAAUCAAAUCAAACAAAAAAAGUAUAUGCACAUCAAACUUUCAACAUAAUCUAAUCACAACUUAGGCAUGGCAAGAAAAAAAAAAUCUGGGGCAGUAAUUAUUCUGAUGCAGACAUUUGUGCUCCAGAUGUAGCGAAUGUUUGUCGAAUGUGAUGUCUGUGUUAAAUGGAAUGAACAUAUACACACUGCUGUUUAGAGUAUGAAACACCAGAGUGAUAGUGAUGAUAGUCUGCAGUUAAAACUCAGGAUGUUCACAUUAUGAUUUAUCCAUUCACUUUUCUAUGGUCAUUCUUAUAAAUUUAGUUUUGUGGUAUUGAAAGAGCAGUGAAACUAUGCUGCAAAAGCCAAGCAAUGGUCAUUCAAAAAACAAAA